AUGGCCGUUUCACAGUAUUUCGGUGCUCCAGGAGGUGCUCCAGGUGGUGGUGGUGCUGUUUCUGCUUACUUUGGUGUUGGUGGAGGUGGUGGAGCUGGUGGUGCCGGUAAAUCUAUGGGUGGCGGAGCUCCUAUGCCUGCUGGUGGAACAACAUCUGCUUACUUUGGUGCUCCAGGUGGUGCAGGUGGUGGUGGAGCUGUUUCAGCUUAUUUCUCUCCAACUUCAGGUGGUGGAGGUUCAGGAGGUGCCCCACAAAUGGGAGGUGGUGGUGGAGGUGCUUCAACUAUGACUGCUGUUGGUGGAUCUAAAAUGGGAGCUUCAACAAUGACUGCUGUUGGUGCUGCAGGUGGUGCUUCAACAAUGACUGCUGUUGGUGGAUGCGGUGGUGCUUCAACAAUGACUGCUGUUGGUGCUGCAGGUGGUGCUUCUACAAUGACUGCUGUUGGUGGAUGUGGAGGUGCUUCAACAAUGACUGCUGUUGGUGCUGCAGGUGGUGCUUCUACAAUGACUGCUGUUGGUGCUGCAGGUGGUUCAUCAACUAUGACUGCUGUUGGUGGUGGUCCAAUGGGAGGUGCUUCAACUAUGACUGCUGUUGGUGGAUCUAAAAUGGGUGCUUCUACUAUGACUGCUGUUGGUGCUGCAGGUGGUGCUUCAACAAUGACUGCUGUUGGUGGAUGCGGAGGUGCUUCAACAAUGACUGCUGUUGGUGCUGCAGGUGGUUCAUCUACUAUGACUGCUGUUAAUAUUCCAAAAGGUACAUCAACUAUGACUGCUGUAGGUGGUACAUCAAUGGCUGGUGGUGGCGCACCACCAAUGCCAUCUGGAGGUGGUGGUGGUGCUACAUCAGCAUACUUUGGUGUUGGAGCUGCAGCUCAAGGAGGUGCUCAAUCAGCUUACUUUGGUGUUGGUGGAGGUGGUGGAGCUGGUGGUGCUGGUAAAUCUAUGGGUGGCGGAGCUCCUAUGCCUGCUGGUGGAACAACAUCUGCUUACUUUGGUGCUCCAGGUGGCGCAGGAGGUGGUGGAGCUGUUUCAGCUUAUUUUGCUCCAAAGUAA